CCACGCCCUUCGGUAACCUUGGUUACAGUCACGCCCUCCUCCGGAGCUGCCCAAUCAUAAAGGUCUGAGGUCUGACUUCACAGAAAACAGCUAAAGAAGUGAAAGAGCCAAAAUCUUGAUUUGGUUCAUUUUCUUGGCUGUUCAGUGCUUUUUCACUGAUGAAAAUGGCCUGUGCGUGCACUAGGGAAAACUGGAGGCGAUGGAUCCGACCCCUGGUCAUACUUAUUUAUAUAGUUAUAAUUUUAAUAUUUGUUACGUUGUGUAUUUGGAAAUUGCAUACAGCAGAAAAGGUUGGAAUACACACUAAAGCAUGGUUUAUUGCUGGUAUCUUCAUGCUGGUGACGGUACAAGUGUCCUUCUGGGGGAUUCUGCAACACUUGGUGCAUUUCACACAACCCAAACUUCAAAAACCUAUUAUAAGGAUUCUUUGGAUGGUCCCAAUAUACAGUUUAUGUAGUUGGUUGGCGUUAAAAUUCCCCAAAGUUGGAGUUUAUACUGAUACCUGCAGAGACUGCUAUGAAGCUUACACCAUUUAUAAUUUUAUGAUCUUCCUUAGCAAUAAUUUAACAAUUCAGAUCCAAAAUAAAAUGUUACAUCUGGAAUCUAAAGAUCAGCAACAGCAUCCCAUUCCACUCUGCUGCUGUCCACCAUUGGCGAUAGGAGAGUAAGUGUGUUUGGUUUUGAUGGGCCUCUGUGUGGGUCUUAAAUAUCAGUCAGCUCUCUGCAAGGGGUGGGGACAGUAGGCAGAGCCCUUACACUAUGUAGCACGUAAUACAGUUUGAAAGAUAAUAAAAUACAUUUUUACAAUGUACAUGUUGAGAGGUUUUUUUUGUUUUUUUUUGUUUGUUUGUUUUUA